AUGUUCACUCUCGGAAUGCUUCUGAGUUGCAUUUUUAUCACGAACACCGGCCUGGAAGAGCAAAAUAUCGGAUCCAAUUUAGUCGAAAACCCAUCAUCGGACUUCGAUCAGUACGCCGUUACGUGCUACAUUUGCGUAAACGUUUCUGAUAAUUUGAUUUGUAAUCAGUUCGCUAUUGAUCGGCCCUGUAAACCUGGUGAAACUUUUUGUCAUACUCUACACAUAAUGGACUCCAAAGGUACCAGCGUAUUGGUUAAUAAAAAAUGUACGACUGAAAAGGAAUGUCAAAGAAACAAAGUUGGAUGUGUGGAAAUAGAUGCACAAACGAUGUGUAUUUCCUGCUGCGAUCAAAACUAUUGCAACGUCAACGUGCCAACGAACAGUUCAACGGCAGUUUUCGAUGAUAAAAUUACCAAAAUGCGUAUGCUAGCCAAAAAUUUAUUCAGAGAACAAGAAAAAGCUUUGACUACGUCAGUGAAACAAGCGAAUUGUUCGUCGCUGUAUGGUUUCGAUUUUAGAUGGUUGUUUUUGUUGAUUUUUCAUGUAGUUUUUGGGAUAAUAUCAUAA